GCUCAGUGCUCACUCUCCCGUCCGCCCUCCGCACAGCUCAACGACGGCUUCCUCCUGUGGUGUGCGCGCAUCGUGCGGCGGCCGCUGUGGGCGCAGACCCCGAGGAAAGCAGCAGGAAAUUUGAAAUCCCUCUCGCUCCUCCUCCCUCGCCGCCGCCCCGCAAAUCCGUCCCGCCUGCGUCUGCUGGAACUGUUCUCCUGCCGACGCACACCACAGACGCAAAACUGCAAUCCACGCCUCCAAAAGCUGUGCCGUCUGCUCCCUCCUCAAACACCACCACCGCAUCGGCUCGCCGCGGCCAGAGUCCGUCACCACCUACGUCUGAAUCCCAUGGGGCUCUGUUUCAGCAAGAAGCAGCAAGCGAAGCGCCGAGACGGGCAGCCGUCCAAUGACGCCAAGAAGAGCGGCGGCCGGAAAUCCGGCAGCGGCGCCGGUGCCAAGAAGGCGCCCCAGGCAAAGGCGCCGGGGCCGGCGCCGACCAAGAAGUCUGUAGCCAGGCCGGAGGAGCCGGCGGCCGACAAGAGGACGGUGUUCGUCGUCAAGGCCGCCGCGGCGGCGGCGGCCGCGGAGGUCGCGGCGGCUUCGAAGGGCGGGUCUGGGGAGGCGGAGGCGGAGGCGAAGCGGGCGGCGCCGCCGGAGGAGGAGGCGGCGAGGCCCGUCGCGGUGGGGCGGGCGCCGGUGCGAACGUCGAGCUGCACCAAGGAGGAGGUGGACGCGAUCCUGAUCCAGUGCGGCCGCCUCAGCCGGAGCUCGUCGGCGUCCGGGAAGGCGCCGUCGGGCGAGCACGGCGGCGGGCACCGGAGGUACGCCGGGUCCAAGCGGAGCUACGACUUCGACCACGAGAGGAGGGGCGGCGGCGACGCCGACGAGUGCGAUUGGGGCAGGGAGGGGGCAGCGGCGUCGAGGCCCUCCCCGCGCCGCCGGACGCCGGAGCGGAAGCGGUCCGCGAGCCACGAUGGCCGCACUGGCGGCGGGAGCGGGAGCCGGAGCCGGAGGGUGAGCCGGUCGCCGGGGCGCCGGGCGGACGUCGCGCCCGCCGCGGGGAGCUCGGGGACCGCUGAGCGGGGGGCGCGGCAGCAGCCGGGGAAGAUGGUGUCCAUCCCGGCGAGGGACAAGGGGCGCGCGCCGUCGCCGGUGAAGGCUGCGUCAUCUGGGAAGAGGUACCCGUCGCCGAGGUCGAACUCGCCUGCGAGGGCGGCCGCCGCGGGGAAUGAGAACGCCGGGGUGCCGCCGACGCACGGGCCGUCGCUGAGCCGGAGCUCCUCCAGGAAGGCCGAGCAGUCGCCCUACCGGCGCAACCCCAUGGCAGAGCUCGACGAGAACGCUCUCGGUCUCGGCAACAAUCACCACCACAACAAUGGCAACAACGGCAAACUCCAAAAGAAAUCCGUUGACGCUGCCGUCACAUUGCCACAGAAGACAGCGGAGCGGGCAAAGGAUCAGAUCCCCAGUACCCGAGCUGCGAAGGAGAAGGAGAUUGUGGAGGAGGCCGUGGCGUCGGACACCAGAGCAUCGUCCGCAAGGAUGAACGCGACCCACUCAGUGUCAGUGAGCAUCGUGGCCGAGAACGUCACCAAUCCGAGGCCGGGGAGCCGGUCGUCGCGGCGUUCCUCGCGCGACCUCGACCACAAUGGCAACUCGUACGCGUCCCUGCUCCUGGAGGACAUCCAGAACUACCACCAGCAGAGCACCAGCGCCGCUGCGGCGCCGACCUUCGCGCUCCCGGCGUGCGUGUCCAAGGCCUGCUCGAUCCUCGACGCCGUCGCCGACCUCAACUCGUCGUCGUCCGCCGAGAACAAGAGCCUCGAGCUGGAGAGGUCGGCCAACGACAGGGAGUCCGUCAACGGGAGGUACGUGAUCGAAUCGGAGUUCGUCGGGAAGGACGACCUCAUGGAGCCGAGCAUCCACAAGUACGUCUCGGUGCGUGACAUCCGCGGCGGGGUCACCGGGGAGGCGGCGGAGCUGCAGGAGUCCGCCGGGAGCAACAGCUUCGCCGGCAACGCGUGGACGUGCUCAUCGUGGGAGCCCAAUUCCGUCGACUCCACCGACCGGACCAGGACGGCCUCGCAGUCGUACAACGGCGACGAGGUGGAGCAGGUCACGGAGCAGUCAUGGCAGAGCACGCAGGAGCCCAGCCGCCGUGGUUCUGCUGCUAGCAAUGUUCAGGUUCAGCGCGUGCGAGGCGCUCACCGCGGCAGCGGCAGCGCCUUCAGUGGCCGGUCCGAUGCUCGCGGGGUCUCAGCGAGCUCUUCGAUUGUUUAGGGACGUUACUGGCAGUAGGUCAUGGUAGUUUCUGGUUUGAAGUUUUAAUGGCAAGAUAGGUUGCUGCUUCAGAUUAGUCUUUCAGCGUUUGGAUUCUUUGCUAGUUUGGUGAUACAUUGUUCAGAUGUAAUCAGGCGGUGACAUUGGCAAUGUAUUCGUUCACUGUCAUUGCUUA